AUUUACUCGGUCUAUUUGCCAGGCAUGUACAGAUUCGUCGCAUUUGGGAGCAUAAUCUGCUCUGUCUGAGCAACGAUGGCCAUAUAGGUCAACUCGAAGCGCGUGACAUGUAUGAACCCUCCACUGCCGAGCCAAGGAUCGUCGAGAUUCAUCACAGUUCUCGAUUUGUGGUCAUGGCGCCAGUAACGCCAUCACCGCGUCGUUUCCUCGCAGGUGGUCGUUCUCAGAAGCCUGACGAUGCCAAAGCUGUGGCGAAGCCGUUCCUACCAUCUACAGGUGCCGCCGAUGGUCCAGCUCCAGGACGAAAUGUGUUUGCGAAAACGACAACAGAGGGAAAGCAGAUUGCUAUUGGCGAAACGAUACAAUUGGGCCAUACUUCGCGAGCGCUGCUGCAAUUUGCGCAGACACCGCGAUUCAAUCAUGGGCGAUCAACGCAAGCCCCACCAAGCACACCGCGGCCGAGCAUUGUUUCGACGACAGUGAACUCAUCAGUGCGGGCUAAGAGGGAAGAUGUCGAGGAGGUUGCUUCACCAGAGAUGCAUGAUGAUUUCCGCGAUCGUCGAGGACGCUAUCUCGAUGAGGAAGACGACUAUUACAAUGCACACGCUGUCCAUGCCAACGGUAAAGACCGCACGGAACUCUUUUAUCAAACGAACGAGCAAGUCUCGGCUGCGACCUUGAAUAACGAGAUCAACGAAGGCGGCACAUGGUCACAAGAAUUACCGUUCUCUCCAAAGAGGCGGAAGCUGAGGCAACCACAAGCCGAUCAGCAACAAGAGCAUGAGCAUCCGAUGCCUAUCGAUAACCCUGCAAGACCCAUCUUCCAACGUCCAACAGUGCCAGCUUCGGCUGCAAGGCCGGAACACCUGACGACCAGCAUACCUCAAUUUGUCACCGUAGGCGCACCGUCUACAAGCAGCAACACGAGCUUGCGUCCAACAUUUCUUCGACCCGCGGAGAACACCGACGUGACUGCGUUGCCAUUACCAGAGAUCUUCUCUCCUCAUCGUCGCGGAGCUAAAUUUGUCCCGGGUGGGACAGCAGCAAUUGUGCAGCAGUGGAUCCUUCAGGCUGGCCAAGAUGCGAUUAUGAGUCGUCGGAUCCGGCGAUUUGAUGAUGACUUCGCGAUGACCAUUACUGUGAGGCAGGUUCAUGGUAGUGGCCCGAUGAUCAUCUCAGGAUGCAGAGUCGGCGACGAGGAAUCGACUGUAGAGAUAUUGUUAAGCGCUCAUGCAACAGCGGCGUCCUCAAGAGGCUGCGAGGUCGUUCCGGGCUGUAGAGUCGGCAUUCGGGCGCCGAUGUGGGAUGUCAUCGGUCCAGGAGGACGAUCGUUGAUAGUGGCGGCGGAUUGGAGGUCGUUGCCGGCGUGAAUCAAAUUCCCCGGACAAGGACAUGGUUGAUUCUCGGAUGACCAUUAAGAUAUCGUGGGCAAGAAACUGCAAGUAAUUACCGUCGAGCCAAGGAAUGAUGUUCUAGAAGACCAGGAGUGACGCGACAUGUGUUUGCGAUAUAUCGUCAGCACUGUUUCAUGUUGAGACGAUCUGGAAACAAAUCUCCCAGCCACAUCGAUGAUCCUCAGCCACUCCCUCGGCGGGGACGGGUAGUGGCGCAUCUCUCGCGAUGACACUGCACUCCACAGCACCACCUGCCCCUGAAAUUAUCAUUGAUUUGGAAUAUACAGAGUUUACGUAGAAAUUAAUGCGCGAG